AUGAUUCUACUUACAUUUCUCGCCCUUGCGGUGCGCCUCUGUAGUUCAGGCUUCGUCCCGCCUGCCGAGUUCUGUCUUCUAGAUUCCGGCCUCAAGGAGCUUUCAGGCUGCAUCAAAUGGACUGAUCUUAGCGACGAGUGCGGAGCUAAGGACUCGGAAGAAGUAAAGCUCGAGUGUGUUUGCGCGCAGGAGUACCUAUCCUCGUUGUAUGACUGCGAAAGUGAUGUACAAAAGUGCCUUGCCAGCCAUGUGUUCGAUAACCAGUUCCAAGCCGAGAUAAAUGAAUGGCAUAGAAGAUGCGAUAGUCGGGUCAGCUCAACAAUGACGACUCCUCCGCUCCCUACAAUCACGCAGACGUACGACUUCGGUGCCUGCAGCCGGUUGUACCAAAGUUGUCUCAAGGGCGACUAUGAGACAAGACUCUGUUCGAACAAAUACUUGCCUUCAUCCAGCCUAUCUACAAUGGGAAUAUAUCUUGCAAGCGGACCUCUGCGGCAGAGUCGAACAUCUUGGGCUACUCGAUCUGCUCUUACUUUUGGUCUGGCUCGAUCAAAGGAAACACUUUCGUCAAUUGACCUCACAUCCUACCUUGACAUCACCGGCGCUUCCCCCGCUCAGACCACGACCUUAGAUGGUUGGAUUACGCAAGUCCGUCCUAACCCAGCUAUAACUCCAACGGCUACCGCCGCACCAUUGCAAGUUGGUGAGUUUGUCGAAUCGGCUGAGAAGAAAUUAAAACAACAAGGCUUCAAAUUCUGGUGA